UCAAAACGUCGUUGUUCCACUCUCCACAUUCAUUUCUACUUUCCGUUCCCAUUUCCUCACUCUCAUCGCCCUAUUCUCUCAAUGGCCUCCGACACCCUCUCCGCCGCCGGCGACGCCGCCAACGGCUUCACCCGCCCGGAGAUGUACACCGAGAAGCUCGCCGGCACCGUCGACGCUUACGACCGCCACGUUUUCCUCUGCUACAAGAGCUACGCCUCCUGGCCACCGCGCGUUGAGGCUUCCGACGACGAUCCUCUCCCUAAGCUCGUCGCCGCCACGUUUAAAGCUCGCAAAAACGACAUCGCACUCAAGACGAAAAUUACGGUGUGUGAGGCACGUGAGGAGGAUGGCUUGGUCGACGGUGAUGUUUUGAUUUUCCCGGAGAUGAUCAAAUACAGGGGUUUGGAGGAAUCAAAUGUUGAAAGCUUUUUCGAAGAUGUUUUGGUGAAUGGUAAACCUUGGGCUGCUGGAGUGCCUGAGGUGUUGGCUGGUUCACAUGUUUUCGUAUGUGCUCACGGAAGUCGUGAUGUGAGAUGUGGGGUUUGUGGUCCUGUUCUCAUUGAGAAGCUUAAUGAGGAAAUUGAGCUCCGAGGCUUGAAGGAUCAGGUAUCUGUUACUGCUUGUUCUCAUAUUGGUGGGCACAAGUAUGCUGGGAAUGUUAUCAUAUACAGCCCUGGACCAGAUGAAAAAAUGAUGGGUCACUGGUAUGGCUAUGUUACUCCUAAUGAUGUCCCUGAAUUGUUGGACCAACAUAUUGCAAAGGGAGAGGUCAUAAAACGACUUUGGAGGGGUCAAAUGGGGCCAUCUGUUGCAGAAGUUAAUGGAGUAGAUGACCAGAAACUUGCUAAUGGAGAAGAUACCAAUAAGGGCAAGGAAAACGGCAUUAAAAGUGACGAUCUGAUUAGCAAAGAUGUGGGUGGUUGUUGCCAGGGUGUUAAUGGGGUUUCUUGCUGCAGAAUUGAACAAAGCAAUGGGAUUGAAGGAUCAACUGAAAAGAGCAAAAUCAGUAGUAAUUGGUCAGGGUUGAAGGAGCGUGAUAUCCUCAUAGGCGUUGGUGUGCUUGGAGCUGUAGCAGCUGUUGCUGUGGCUUUCAAAAUUUAUAAAAGAUCAGGUUGAGUUACGUGAGCUACGCUCUACAUUAAAGAAAGUUUUUUGGUUGCUUGGGGACUCUACUUUUUUGGGUCCAGGUAUAUUAAAAUAAGAAAUGAUUACGAAAACUAGUUCUACCAAGUCUACACUACACGCUCUUCCAUUGUUUGGUUGAAGAAUAGUAAAACUCUAGCAACAGAUUUAGUGAGAAAAACAUAAUUGUUCCUUUUAAAAUCAGCGCAAAUAUGACUGUGUACGCGCUGCUGGAUGUUUCCUGUGUAACUUUCCUUACGUUGCCGGUAAUCUAUUUUCAUUCUAAGUUAGUUGUGAUGAAAGCUUAAGCUGGCUGUUUCUGUUUUUAUAUUUGUGGCGACUGUUUGAAUGGUAAAGGUUGGAAUAUUUCUGCAUUA